AGUAAGAUGGAGCCGUGGAAAGACCUGACCGGGAAGGUAGUGAUGGUGACAGGGGCAUCCUCGGGAAUCGGGUUAGAGUUCUGUCUCGACUUAGCGAAAGCCGGUUGCAGGAUCAUUGCUGCAGCCCGUCGUAUCAAUAGGCUGAAAACUUUAUGCAGCCAGAUUAAUAAUUCGGAGGGGCCAGCCUGGCGUGCAGUUGCCGUCCAGCUUGACAUCACUGCUGAUGGUGCAACUAUUGAGGCUGCUGUGCAAGUAGCUUGGGACGCCUUCGGACGUAUCGAUGCCUUGGUUAACAAUGCUGGGCUUAGAGGUAGUGUGAACUCUUCACUAAAAUUGACAGAGGAGGAAUGGGAACAUACCUUUAAGACGAAUCUCAGAGGGGGGUGGUUGGUGUCGAAAUAUGUAUGUAGACGUAUGCGCGAUGCUAAACAAGGCGGAGGCUCUAUUAUUAAUAUCUCUUCGAUUCUUGGUCUUAAUCGAGGACUAUUACCGGGGAGUGUUGCUUACUCUUCUUCAAAGAUGGCUCUUGACAUGGUCACUAAGAUUAUGGCGCUUGAAUUGGGAGCACACAAUAUCAGAGUGAACUCAAUAUCACCGGGAAUUUUCAAAUCCGAGAUAACAGAGAGCCUUGUUCAACAGAAAUGGUUCCAUAACGUUGUUUUGAGAAUCGUUCCUCUGAGAAAUCUUGGAACGACAGAUCCGGCUUUAACAUCACUCGUCAGAUACUUAAUCCAUGAUUCCACGGAAUAUGUAUCUGGCAAUGUUUUCAUUGUCGAUGCUGGAACAACCUUAGCAAGUGUUCCAAUUUUCUCAUCGCUCUAAAAUUAGCUCAUGAAGACAUUGAAUCUGAUCGAUUUGUUUAUGGAGAUAUAUACAAUGUGAUCAAGAAAUGGAUUUGUGAGUUGAAGAAAAUAAAAACGUUUUGGUUUUGUCUCAUUAUUAGCCAUAUUAUUGGAGCAAAAUGUAUCAUAACUAAUGGAGUUUGAACAAAUCCAUAGUGGCCGAGUUACGUGAUACCUAUGCCGGUGGGAGGUAGCGAGUACAGAAUGAAAUUAGUUGAGGUCCA